AUGACAUCGGAGAGUCCAUUGGUUCUUCUUCUUGCGGCACUUCAGGGGCUCCUGAUCUAUAAUAUUCAUCGGACAUGUGGACGGACUCUUCGCCUCGAGAGCAAAUCAUUUUCUGAUAUCCCCGCUGGUGGCGUUGCGUCGUUUGGAAGCAUUGUUGUCAAGGGUUUCGGCUACAGUACACUCUAUUCCACGCUCCUUCUUUGUCCCCUGGGAGUCAUCCAGGCCAUUUGUCUUUUAUUUGGAGGCUGGAUGACUUCCCGAUUCAAGAACAUUCGCACAUGGCUUAUUGCUGGUUGUCAAAUUCCCGCUCUUAUUGGAUCUGUUCUGCUAUUUACCUUGCUAAGGUCCAACCAGCGCGGGCUCCUUGGCUCGUAUUACGUUGUCCAGACUCACGGCAUUGAGGGUACUCUGACCAUGUCCUUGCUUUCUAGCAAUUUCGCAGGAUAUACGAAGAAGGCAACAGCCUCCGCCAUGAUGUACAUCGCUUUUUGUGCUGGCCAAGUUGUUGCGCCGCAGCUUUUCCUAUCAUCUGAGGCACCUGUAUACGAGACUGCUUUCCGCGCCUCUUUCAUAUACUUUGCUUUGUGCAUCGUCGCCACAAUUGUUCUCAGAUAUUACUUGAUUUGGGAGAACAAGAGGCGUGACAGCUUGACUCUGACUGAAAGUGUUCCGACCACUGAGGGUGGGGAGUUCCUGGACUUGACGCAUAAGGAGCAGAAGCAUGUGUUCCGGAUGGAAGAUGAAUAA